AAAAGAGAUAUAUAUAUAUAUAUAUAUAUAUAUAUAUAUAUAUGCAGCCUUCGCGUUGUUCUAGGUGGCAACUUUGUCACUACUUUCAGCCAAGGAAUGAUCUAUGUAACAACAUUUUCUGGAUACUUCUGUUCCGUUUUGUAGCUCCGUUAUAAAGGUACCGUCAUCUUUCGGCACUGUUGGAGCACCGGCUGCCAGCCACCGCAAGCAAUCCUAGUGAGAGGAGAUCGGAGAGAGAAGCGUGACCAGUGGCGUGGGCAGAGAUGGGAGAACCAGAGUCCCUUAAGUUUGUGUCUCUGGAGGAGGAGGUGGAAUACUGGAAGGAACAGACGGCCAAGCACCAACAGAGGGCUGAGGAGGCGCAGGAGGAGCUGCAGGAGUUCCAGCAGAUGAGUCGUGACUACGAGGUGGAACUGGAGACUGAACUCAAGCAGUGUGAAACACAGAACCGAGAACUCGUCACACAGAACAACAGGCUACACAUGGAACUGGAGAACUACAAGGAGAAGUAUGAAAGCCAGCACUCACCUACCCAGAUCUCUACUCUAGAAGAAGACCUGGCUGAGACCACGGCCAUCAGAGACCAGCUCCAUAAAUACAUCAGAGAGCUGGAGCAGGCUAACGAUGACCUGGAGAGAUCCAAGAGGGCGACCAUCAUGUCUCUGGAGGACUUUGAACAGAGGAUGAACCACGUGAUAGAGAGGAAUGCCUUCCUGGAGAGCGAGCUGGAUGAGAAGGAGAACCUACUGGAGUCCGUUCAGAGACUGAAGGAUGAAGCCAGAGAUCUAAGACAGGAGUUGGCUGUCCAACAGAAGCAGGAAAGACGACCGUCCUUCGCUGUCACCAAAGACUCUUCCUCAGACAAGACUGAGGACAAAACAUCCCUCCAUACCUCCCAUUCAUCAACACGACCGCCCUCAUCCCUCCAUACCGCCCCUCCUCCUGCUCUCCCUCCAUCCCUCCUCUCCACGCCCUCCAGACCCCCCCACCCCUCAGCAAGCCCCUUCACCACCCCCCCACCCUCUUACAGCAGAGGCGAUGGCCUAUCAGGUGCUUCUCUCACCACGUCGACACGUAUCUCAGCUCUCAACAUCGUAGGAGAACUGCUGAGGAAAGUCGGGAACCUGGAGUCUAAACUAGCGUCCUGUAGGGAGUUUGUCUACGAACAGUCUCCUGGUCGCAGUACCCUCUCUGGGGGACAGGGGGCGCCACCCAUCCAGAGAGGCACUUCUUCUGACACACUGUCCACCACCAACGGACUCUACGAGAAAGGAAUGGUGAAGAUGUUAGACUUCGGACCAGGACCCAAAAUUAUUCUGUGACCCUCCGCCCUAGCCCCACACCUCAUCAACCCCUCCCUCCAUAUCUAUCAGGGUCGUAUUCAGUAGACACCGACUGGUGCUUAACUGGCUGAAACGGGGAAGGACUAACUGAACUUGUCCAAUAAACUGUCUUUUUUUUUGUGCAAAACCUGUUCUGUUGCAAAACGUUUUGCUGCAGUUAGCUACAGCAUGCACUAAUGAAUGUGUCCCUGCCCAGCACAGUCUCCCUAGGUCACCAGGCUUGUAUCCCAGCUUUCAGCUUUCAAUGGGGUUUCAAUGUGCUAGUGUGCAGCUCUCACUCUGGAAUGGAAUGGACCAGAUCACUGGACAUCACGGAAGUGAGUCUAGAGUUCUAGAAUGUCAAUGGAACGUCAUGGAACGUCAGUGUUGAUAUCAACUGUUCUAGAACUGUUCUAGAAUGUCAAUGAGACAGAACCUCACCCUCUAAUGCAAUGGAACGUCACGGAACGUCACGGAACGUCAGUGUUGAUAUCAACUGUUCUAGAGCGCCGUUGAGGAGCUUUGAUGACGUCACGGAUCAACGGUACUCCUUCCUCUGCGCUUUACCCAGGAUGCUUUGCCCUGGGGGGGGUCUCUUAUCGAGGACUGAGUGAGGCUUCUAGGCACGGGGCUUAUGGCUCUGGCACUUCCUGUUGGGACCAACCUGUAGCAGACCCAUAUGUGGUCAAAAGUAGUGCACUAUCUUGGGAACAGGGUGCGACCAGUGUCUAAAGGUCUCUGGUCAAAAGUAGUGUACUAUGUAGGGAACAGGGUGCGACCAGUGUCUAUAGGUCUCUGG